AUGAACAUUUACAUUAUUAUGCUAAUUUGGAGCUAAUAGUUCUAAAAUAGAUUUGCUUUUGCUAAUUGCAUUGAAAAUACUCAAUUCAUUUAACAAGUCGAGGCAAAAAUUCGAGGGAACUAUUUGGAUGUAGCUUCUGAAAAAAAUGGAGCAAUCAUCUCAACAGCUAGAACUAUUAAUUUUUACUAUCCUGACUCUCUUGCAAGUCCUUUAAGGGAUAGAAUCUACUUUUAUACUGAUUCCGAUUAUUAUGUUGGUCACGUAUAUUUUGUUUUAUAUUUGUCUUUAAUUAUUGAGUUAACUUAACCAUAUGAAAUCAAUUUAGUGAGGUUUAGAAUAUGGGAUUGGGACAACAGAAUAGCUGAUUUAUAAAUUUUUAUUAUUGGAUCUGAUAGAAUAACUGAGACCCAAAUUUAUAAUGGUUUUGCUUAAUCUAUAAAGGAGGUUAGAUUUCCUGAUCAACUUGUAACUAAAAUAAAAUUUUACAAUAAAAAUGGUACCUCCUUUACUGGGCAUAAACUUCUUUCAUUCAUUAAGGUCUAAGCAUUUUAUUAAUUGUGA